AUGUCAUGGAACCCUGAGCCGCUUUCAGAGGAAGAGGUGUCAUACUAUGCAAGAGAGUUGAACCUGACCUCGGAGCAAGUAGUGGAGUUCAAGCAGGUCUUCGACGAGUAUAUGGAGGAUCUUGAUGGUGCUCUGACUCGGAAGAACAUCGGCAAUCUGGUCCGUGCAGUUGGCUUAAACCCGUCGAAGGCCAGGCCUUGA